AUGCAAACCAGAGACGACCUCCUCAUCUGCUCCGCUUGCGGCACCCAAUUCGACGUGCCCGCCUCCACGCCCCUGAAAGCAUGCCGUAUCUGUGAUGUAUCAAACACACCCCAUAUUACUCCAAAGCACUUGAAGACUAAAACCCCUUCCCAUCAGGAUCCCCGCCAAUUCGUCCCUCCCACAGGCCAAGCAUGGACCUCCCUCGCCCAAAUGCGACGCAGCAAGCACCACCGCAACACCUUCCACCAAGACCCCGUCGAGGCACGCAUGUGGUCCAUCACCACGACGCCGAAAUUCGCCAUCGGACAACGCUGCAUCCUGCUGCAGACGCCGGCGGGCAACAUCCUCUGGGACUGCAUCGCCUAUCUCGACCAGGAAACUUACGAAUUCAUCCGCUCCCGGGGGGGUUUGAAGGCCAUUGUCAUUUCGCAUCCGCACUACUACACGACGCAUCUGGAUUGGGCACGGACGUUUGCGUGUCCGGUGCUCUUGGCCGAGGAGGACGCGGGAUGGGUGAGUCGGAGGGAUUUUGAGGGGAGGAGGAAGUUAUUGGGGGGUGUGGAGGAGGAAGUCCUGGAGGGGGUGAAGGCUGUCAAGGUGGGCGGGCAUUUCCCGGGAAGUCUGGUUUUGUGGUGGGAUCGGAAAUUGUUCAUUGCCGAUUCGCUGGUUACUGUUCCGGUGAGUAUUAUCCAGGAGCGAGGUUUCUAUUUCAUACUGAUCGUUUUUUUUGGGGGGGGGAUGGAUAGAGUGCGCUGUAUCAUGUCGACCGACCGCCUGGCACGACUUCGUUUGCCUUCAUGUGGUCGAUUCCGAAUAUGAUCCCGUUGCCGCCAAAGGAACUGUACAAGAUGUGGCAAGCUCUGAAGCCUUUGGAUUUCGCAAGCACGCAUGGUGCAUUUGUGGGCACGGAAGUGCGAGAUGAGCGGGUGAAGGAGAGAGUAUUGGAGAGCAUGAAAAUCCAAGCCAAGGGAGAAGGCUGGGAGGAUGUCGAUAUUCUCCGGGAAACGCUGUGA